GACAGCUAAAUCCUAACAGAAUUCCAUUUGAUUUCGUGAAAAGUGUGUGAACAUAUCAAAAGGCGUUGUUAGUUUCAUUACUUUUUCGUUGCACUUGAUUUUGUCUUUUAAUCGAGCUAUUAGCUGUGCCGUCUAUUUUAUUUAUUUUGUAAUUUUGUAUUGUGUUAAAUUAAAAUAGAAAAACUUUAAUAUAAAAAAUGAAUGGGAAAAAUAAAAGCAACGAAAAUAUCCAAGUCUACGUUCGAUGCAGACCAAUAAAUAAUCGUGAGCGUAGCAUUCAUUCGCAUGAAACGGUCAAAGUGGUGUCAGACCGUGAAGUUGUUGUAAAGCAGCCACUAGACGGUCGUCACACAAAAAAGUUUACAUUCGAUCGUGCAUUUGGUCCGGAUUCAAAGCAGUCGGACGUGUAUCAAGUGGUUGUAGCGCCAUUGAUCAAUGAAGUGCUAUCGGGAUAUAAUUGUACAGUGUUUGCCUAUGGCCAAACUGGCACCGGCAAAACGCAUACAAUGAUUGGUGACGAAACACCACAGAGCAGCUCAUCUUAUGAAGAUUCAUCAGCUAUGGGUAUUAUACCAAGAGCACUAUCGCACAUGUUCGAAGAGCUUCGUACGAUGGAUGUGGAAUUUACAAUGCGCAUCUCGUAUUUGGAACUGUACAAUGAGGAAUUGUGCGAUUUGUUGUCGUCGAAUGAUGUCGCCCAAAUUCGUAUCUUCGAAGAUCCAAACAAAAAGGGAUCGAUUAUUGUACAAGGUUUGGAAGAGAUACCCGUACAUAGUACGGCCGAUGUGUAUAAAUUGUUGGCCAAAGGUCAAGAAAAACGCCGAAUGGCCACCACCUUGAUGAAUGCACAAUCGUCGCGUUCGCACACGGUCUUUUCGAUUUUGGUGCACAUCAAAGAGAAGGACGGAAUCGAAGGCGAAGAAUUGUUGAAAAUCGGCAAACUUAAUCUAGUCGACUUGGCGGGCAGUGAGAAUAUUUCAAAGGCCGGCAACGAAAAAGGUAUUCGCACACGUGAAACGGUCAAUAUCAAUCAAUCGCUACUGACACUGGGUCGUGUUAUUACGGCUUUGGUUGAGCGUACACCACAUAUUCCGUAUCGUGAAUCGAAAUUGACGCGUCUUUUGCAAGAAUCGCUCGGUGGUCGCACAAAAACGUCAAUCAUUGCCACCAUUUCACCGGGACACAAGGAUUUGGAAGAAACGACAAGCACCUUAGAGUAUGCCAAUCGAGCCAAAAACAUUCAAAACAAACCCGAAGUGAAUCAGAAGCUCACAAAGAAAACCGUAUUGAAAGAAUAUACCGAAGAAAUUGAUCGAUUGAAACGUGACUUGAUGGCGGCUCGCGACAAAAACGGUGUUUAUAUGGCCGAAGAGACAUACAAUCAAAUGAACUACCAAUUGGAAUCACAAAAAGCUGACCUCACCGAUCAGAUCAAUAAGUUGAAGGCUGAAAAGGAGAAAGUGGCCGCCAAACAAAAGGAACUGGAGGAAAUUAGUGUCGAACUGGACUCACGCAACCAACAACUCAAAGAAACCGAAGACAUAUUGACAGAAACGAAUGAGAUUUUGGAUAGAGCAAAACGUGGCUAUCAAGAGAAGAAGCAAAUUCUUGCGAAGCAUGUACAAACCGAGAAAACACUCACCACCCAAGCAAAACAAUUGAUGGAUGUUGCGAAUGUUGCUACGAAAGACGUUCACAAAUUACACGAAACAAUUUCCCGGCGCAAAAAUUACGAUUUCAAUAAUCGUGAAGCAUGCAAAAAUCUGGACACCAACCUAAACAGUCAUCUCACCACAAUGACAAACAACAUUGAUGAAUACAAAUCAGCGUUGAACGAUCAAACGUUGUUGCUAAUCAACAAAAUGGGUGCCAACACAAAACAAAGCAAAGAGCUUUGUGUAACGAUGCUUGCAAAAAUAAGCACGUUAAUCGAGGUGGAACAAGAGGGCAAACGUGUAAUCGAAGAAUGUUUAGCGAGCGGUAAGACCGAUGUUGAGGAAAUAUUCAGAAAGCAUCUCGAGGAAAAGGACAAAAUUCUGAAAGCCGCAGAACAGCAAAGAGAAGCACUGAAAAAUCAAUAUCUCGAACUUCAGGCCAACAUCGAUGAAUCGUACAAAGAAUUCGAUGAAAGUGAGCUGAAACUUCAGAAUUUGCAUGAGAAUCAUUUCGAUUUCGUCAGUAGUCAUCAAAAUGAAGUGCGGCGUAGUUUGGUGAAGAAAAGUGAUGCAACCGUUGAGGGAAUCCAAUCAAGUCGACAGACUCUGGCCACUUCAACGGAGAAGCAUGACGAACUAACAUCAAAACUGAGCAGUUUGCUUGAUGAAAUGAAAGUGUUGGUGGAUCAAUCGAGAGGCAAUAAUCAAAUGGUUCGCGGUGUGGCCAACGAUUUGGGAAAGGUUAAAGCGCAAAUUCAAAAUGAUCUAGCCGAAAAUUUGGAUGUGUUUGAUAAGUUCAAAACGCAAAUGACCAACAACAACACGGCGAUGACGUCAACAUUGGGUGCAUGCAAAACAGCUGCCAAAAAUAUCAAAUCAAAUGUGUCGGAAAUGGUGCGAGUAAGCAGUGAAAAUGAAGACGAUCUGGUGGCGACCAUAGCAGAAAUGGAUAAAAACUUUGUCGAACAGAAGAAUGUGCUGACGGACAAAGUGUACGAUAUGUUCAAUCAGAUCGAAAACACAUGCGAAAUGACCCGAAUCGAUAUUGAUGGCGGUUUGAAUGGUGUAAUCAAGGAUGUGACCGAUGAACAAGAUCGUCUCGUUGACUAUCAAUUUGAAUUCGAUGACACAAUGACCACAUUGGAAGCGACACAAAAUGAAUUCCACGACACACUGAACUCGGACAUUGAAUUUUGCCAGCAACGAUUGCAAAAAUUCCAAAAUGACGAGCUACAGAUUUACACACCAACCGGCCAAACGCCAUCGAAACGUGAAUACAGCUAUCCCAGAAAACUGGCAACUACAUCGCCACAUGGUAAAAUAAUCGCCGACUUUUGGAGCAUACACAAUCCAGCUGAUUUGAAUUGUUCGGCUAUCAUAUCGGAGGAAACAAUCAGAGCUGAAUCACCAACAGUGAUGGAAUCAACCGAAAAUGACAGUAUUAUGGAAAAUACAUUGCAACCAUCCGUGUUGGAACAGUCAGUGGAUCGAACGUUAUGCGAUAGUCAACAAUUCAAUGCCAAUUCAAUGUCAACACCGUUCACAAGUAGCCUGCGCAAACAGAUUCCCACACAAAAUCUCUCAAACAUUGAAGUGUCCAGCAUUUGUGUAAGUAAAAUCGGCCCAGAAAAACCCAGUCUAUUAAUUUGAUUCAAUCUAAUUUAUUUAUUUUUCUCAAAUCGAUACAAUUUUCUAGGAGGAGAAUAAAGAGAAUUAGAAUCAUCUGUUGGAUAUAAAUCUAUAAAUCCAUCUGCAUUUGCAUUGUUUGCACAAAAAUUGUGUUUGCCCGCACCAAAAGUUGUACUUUACAUUUUAUUUGAAUCCUCUGAGUUAGCAUUCAAUGUUCAUUUAAACUGUAAAACUUAAAUCUAAUAAUGUUUUUUUUUAUACAAUUAUAACAAUUAUUCACAAACUGAAAUGAAAACUAUUAAGUAAUCUGUCUUACAUUGAGUUUUUGUUGUUUAAAAAACUAACAUUUGCUUUUAUAAUAAUCAAUUCUAUUCCUACUGAAUAAAUAUACUUAAAAUACGAA